AUGACACAGUCUGAUAUAGAGGUUCAACUGGAAAGGUUGGAAAGUACCAAUAUUCAUGCGGCAGACGCAGGUGAACCAGUCGAGGACGAGUUGAGUGGUCCUUUGUUAAUUGAACAACUAGAAGGAAAUGGGGUUACUUCAUCAGACAUCAAAAAGUUGAAAGCUGAAGGUUUCCACACUAUCGAGUCUAUUGCAUAUACACCAAGGAGACAGUUGAUGACGGUGAAAGGUAUAAGUGAAGCCAAAGCGGACAAAAUAGCUAAUGAAGCAGCGAAAGUAGUUCCUUUGGGUUUCACAACUGCGUCUGAGUUUCAUUCAAGAAGAUCUGAACUAAUCUGUUUAACUACUGGGUCCAAACAAUUGGAUACUCUAUUAGGUGGAGGUAUUGAAACAGGCAGUAUUACAGAGGUGUUUGGGGAAUUUAGAACUGGUAAAUCUCAAUUAUGCCAUACUUUGGCCGUCACGUGUCAGUUGCCUAUCGAUAUGGGGGGCGGUGAGGGCAAAUGCCUUUAUAUUGAUACAGAAGGAACAUUUAGGCCUAAUAGACUAGUUUCUAUUGCGGAGAGGUAUGGUUUAAACGCAAAUGACUGUUUAGAUAACGUUGCAUACGCAAGAGCGUACAAUGCGGAGCAUCAGCUAAAUUUAUUGCACUUGGCAGCACAAAUGAUGUCGGAGCUGAGAUUCUCGGUGUUGAUAGUUGAUAGUAUAAUGUCAUUGUAUCGUACUGAUUAUGCCGGAAGAGCAGAGUUGAGUGCAAGACAAACACAUGUUGCAAAAUUUAUGAGGACUUUACAAAGAUUAGCUGAUGAGUUUGGCAUUGCUGUUGUUAUUACAAAUCAAGUUGUUGCUCAAGUGGACGGUAUGAGUGGGAUGUAUAAUCCUGAUCCUAAAAAGCCCAUUGGUGGUAACAUCAUUGCUCACUCUUCAACAACAAGAUUGUCAUUUAAAAAGGGAAGAGCAGAAACUAGAAUAUGCAAGAUCUACGAUAGUCCUUGUUUACCUGAAAGUGAAUGUGUCUUUGCCAUAUACGAGGAUGGUAUUGGUGAUCCGAAAGUAGAGGAUGAUGACUAA